AUUUUCGAGCUUCGCAAGCUCCCGAGCUCGCCCUGCCGGUCGAACUAAACACUUCAACCCACCAAGCAAUCUUCCUUCGACAAGCGCAACGGCCUCGACCUGUUCCUCCUCCAGCAUAUAAACCGUCCUUGUACCCCCCGGUGUCCCCCCACAGACAAAAGGAACAGCCCGCACCUCCUCCACGCGUCAUUCCUUCUUCGCUAAUUGCUUCUGUCCGAGCUCGGCCGCGCGAACGGCCGCAUGCAAGAAAAUUCCAGCGCGGGUCUGAGGAAGCAGAUAAAGUGCGCAAUCUAGAACUCACGGGUGGGAACAAGACGACUCUGCCGCACAGCCGGGGACAGAUAGAGAUUUGUCUACACCUCCCUUAAAACACUUCCUCAACGAGCACACUCUCGACAUCGCAGCUCUAACAACCCACAAUGCGCCCCUCCCUCGUCCUCCGCGCUGCGCACCAACGCACCCCCCUCAUAAAAUUCAUUGGAAAACGCACACCACCCAAAUCGGUAGACCACACUCCUCACGCCCACCCCGCCUCUCCUACACACAGCCUCCCAGAAAGCUUCGCCGCCUACCGCUCCAAGGCCCAGCAACACGGGCCCCUACGAGGUGGCGGCGGCAACGGCGGCGUGCCUUCGUCCUCGUACUCUGUCGCGGCUUCCUCAGGCUCAGCAAUGUCAUACGGCGCCAUCGGAGGCACGCCAGGACGGGCGUUGGGACCGGUCAAAGCCAAGCAAGGAGAGUUCUUCGACAGAGAUGAGCUACCCGCCCGGUUCCAUCGGAAGGCCUGGUCGGAAGAGGAGAUUGAGGCUGUGAGUAGCGGAGGAGCCAGCAUGUUUGCUUGAACGUGGGAAGCGGAAGAGGUUCGAACACAACAGCGAAUUUGGGAUUUCUUCAGCGAUGGCUUUUACAGAUUAAAAAAGGGCUUCUGUGUAUAGAGACCGCGGGGAUUUGACUUCGUUGACACAUCUAUUUAUCAUUCGCCUCUGAUUUCGCGAGGUUGUGAAGCUUAUGGUGGCAGAGGUAUGAAAGGGUGGCUUGGAGUCAGCUUCUGAGGCAAAGCAACUGGAGGCACGACGCAGAGCACCAGGGCCCGCCUUUGUCGACUACAACAUAUGGGCGAACAGGCAGGGCAAUCUCGAAGCGCACAGGCCCAUCCUCCUACAGCACGGAAUGACCAUCGGUUCAUAUUGCACAGACAGAUGGCGCUUUCGGACAGCUAGCAGCCACCACCACCACCGCUGCUCAGCGCGGUAGAGCUUGUAUAUACAUAUCCUCAACACUUCCUCAACCUUUCUCAAUUCAAUAUAUUUGAAACUCUGCUUGCGUCAUGUUCCUCGCCUCCUUCCCACGAGCCAAAGCCUCGUCCAGACAGCCAAUCGAUGAGGAGAGUGGGAGGGAGGAACGGGACACGAGCCUCAACCGGCGAUGAAGAAUGGUCUGAGUACAUGUUAAUGAUUGCUUGCAGAUACGUUUUGCUAUUCCGCCCUUCACCCUUCCACUGAAAGCAAAGGAUAUGCUUCCCCAUCUGUUCGUUCGUCU